AAUAAUGUCUGAUCAAUAGAUAGUCAUUAAAUAUAUGCUAAUAGGUUCAAAUAUGGUUGGAAAGUCAGCCUUUUUAGCUAGAUUUUGUGAAAAUAGAUACCUUUAAAUCUAUGAAGAAAGUAAAGGAGUUGACUUUAAAUAAAAAAUAUAUGAUAAUGGUAAAUGCAAAAUUUGCAUCUUUGACACAGUAUAGAAUAUAAAAAAUAUAUUUUAUAGCCGGGAACCAUGAAUUUGAGAUAUUCAUCUUAUGGAUUCUAUAAAGGGGCAUUUGGUUUUAUUUUAAUUUUUGAUAUGUCUAGGUAAAAAUCACAUAUAAAAUAAAUAUUAGACCUUAAACUUUAUAAGAUUUAAGAGAUGAUUUUAGUAAAAUUGCAUCGUAAUCAUCUUAAUGUAUUAUUAUUAUUUAAAUUGAAAUUAAGAUGCAUAACUUAUUUUAGUAGGAAAUAAAUCUGAUUCAGAAGUCAAUUAAGAAUAUAUAGAAACUUAGAGGGAAGCUUAAAAAAUGGCAAAUGAAUUACAUAUUCCAUAUUUUGAGAUUUCAUGUUUAACGGGAUAAAAUGUAGAUUUAGUGAUAGAAGAUUUAACAAAAAGAGUAUUGAUUCAAAUAGGAAAUGGUAAUUUGGGUAGUAAAUCUGGAAAUUAAACAUAGAAUAGAUAAAAAGAUGAAAAUAUUAGAUCUGAAAAUGGGUGUUGUUGCAGCAUAUUUUGAAAUGUAUGUUGUAAAUUUUAUUUUAUUUAUUAUUU